AGUCAUACCCUCCAUUUCUACUAAGUCUGCAAGUAGCAGACAUCUCGCGAAGUGCGGCAGCAGAAGAGGAGGGGGUUCAGUGAAAACAGCAACAACAACAAAAGCUGCUUAGAAAGGAAAAAAAAGCCGAUACUGAAGGUAGUUGUUAAUUUAAAUACGGAAUUACCAUUAUAGAAGAAAGAAAAUGUUUUAUCUUACAUAAAGAGGAAAUCUAUGAUUACAUUUUCUGUAUAUAUAUAAAUAUAUAUAAAAUAUAACCAAACCGAAAUAGUAAUUGGUUCACAAAAUUGCGAGAGAAAAUAUAUGAUCUUCUAAGCAGCGAUUUGAAGCUGUCCCAUGUUUCGAUCCACAACAUAUUACAGUUGUGGUUGGUCAGUCCAGUCCACUAUUGCUUCAAGAUUGAAAUGACCUUUUAGUCUGUCCAAAACCUAUCACUCCUCUUGUGCCUUAACACAACAAUAGUGCACAGGUUCUGCACCAAUGUUCUUUGAAAAGACAGAAUCAACAAAAUUCCACAAUCAACAGUGAAUAAACUGAGCGUGGUUUUGUUGGGGGUCACUGAUAUUUCCUUUCAAGCAUUUAAACUGGCCAUAUCCAGCCCAGAUAUUCUGUUUUAAGUUCAAACUGGCCUGAACUGGCCUCUCAUGCCAACCCUAAAAAUACAGUCUCAUCAUCAAAACCUCAAGGCUACAAAGACAGGUGAUGAAAGGCUAUGGUGGCUGAAAAGCUCAGUAAUCGUGAAGAUCUUAUUGAAAACCUUGACUCUGAACCAGUGUUUGAUUACCUGCUCCAGCAUGGUGUCAUCAGUAAAGAAAGCUACAAUGAUAUUAACGAAGAAGAAGAUAUGCCUCUGCGGAACCAAGCUCUGCUGCAGCACUUGGAGGGUCUUCACAGUAGCAAUGCGAUGGCCCUCUUUAUUAAUGCUCUACGACAAUCGGGGCAGCUUGACUUAGCAAGCUCUCUUGACUACACCAAAAGAAUUAAACCCGUCCAUGGUACAGGUUAUUUGCAAAGAGACCGAUAUAAAGGUCAAGUGGCUAUACGCAUCCAGGUGGAGGCUGUUAAGGCACUUGUUCCAAAAAUGGAACUCUUGGAUAGAGUGAGUGUUGAAGACCUUAGUAGCAGCACAGGAACACACAGUGUCGAAAUCAGCUUCUCUCCAAGUCGACGACGUCACUGUUCUUAUGAAAAUAUGACAUUAUUAGAGUCACCUGAGGAGGGAGCAAAUAUUCAACCACAUCUCAUCAAAGAGUAUGCUUACAGCCAUGAAGAUGAUGAUGAUAUCAUCAAACCAAAGAGAUGCUGGUGCAUCUGCUUCCCAAGCCUAUUCCGUCGUAAAAAAGACCCCAAACAAAAGAAGCAUAAUGUUACAAAUCGUCGAGAUCGGACACAACAAGUUACUCCUCCAGACAUUUCACGAUAUACCAAUGUAGUGACCAGCUCUCCAUCGUCUCGCAUUAAGUGGCAUGAGGAAAGGGCAUCGCUAAAUGGCAAAUAUUAUCUGAACAGAAAGUCUAGCAAAAGUCACAGAAAUGAGAAUCCUAAUAUUACUGAUAUUGUUCAUUACAAAAAUUCCUUGAAUGAAAGUCAUUAUUCCUCUCCUGAGUCUUUAAAAAGUCGACACUCUGGUAAUUCCGUUUUGAUUCAAGGCUACAGGAGAGAUUCGAAUAGUAUUGCCUCAAGCAAAAACAGUAUGUUUCCUGGGCCUUCCCCUGCUAAACAAGGUAUGUUCAUGUCACUGGAGCAAGGGAGAUCAAUAUCUAGGAAAGUUGAAUUGACAGAAGAAUGGCGUGGUGAUGGAGAGGUUUUGGAUGAGAAAGCUCACAAGUUUUAUGUCCUUUUUGAUAGUGCUGGAAAUUCACACUAUACAAACCUAAUAAAAUAUUUCGAACAAGAUCGAGGAACACUUGUUAUGAGUGCGCUUCGAAGAGACACGUUAGUUGUUAUGAAUAUUUGUAUGACAAAAGAUCAAUUACAACAAUUGCAGUCAGAUUAUUCAACUGGCAAGCUAACCCGUGAUAUUGAGCAACGGUUGGUCAACAUGCAGGUCUUAAAUGCUGUUGAUGCCAAAGAGUUGCGUCUUUCCACUAUUAUAGAUGAUAGUGAAUUCAGCCAAGCUGAAGAAGAGCUUGGUUGAAAUGCUGACCAAUGAAAACUGGAUAGUAAUUCCACUGAGUGACUAUGUUUUGGUGCUCUUCGACAUUAAAUUAUUGAAACAUUUUUGUAUCUUAUAUCUGCUAACAUAUUUCGGAACAAAACACAUCAUUAUAUUUAUAAAAUCUUCAACUUAAAAUUUAUAAGUUAGUGAAGUUUUAUGUUUUUCGUUUUUUUUUUUGUUUUUGUUUUUGUUUGAACAUAUUUAAUGUCAAGCAUUACAAAAGGCUUUGUUAGUUCUACUUAUUAUAUUUUAGGUUAGAAUGGGUUUUUAAUACGCAAAUACUGUGCUACCAAAAGCUUAUUUUAAAUUAUUCAAUUUAUAUCUUGAAAAAAAAAAAGGGAAAAAACUUUCUUUUAACUGAGCAAAUUUAUGAAUUAGUAAGCCUGUAAAAUACCAGCUAUUCCAUUAUUUUAGAGAAACUUCUCUUGGCUUACUUAGCAAGAUAGUUUUACAUCUUUUAUUUUGAAAAUUUUGACAGGAAAGGAAAUGCCCACUUUUGACUUAAGCUCACAAAAGUUAUCUACCUUUAAGUAAAGAAAUAACAGCACAAUAACAAACGAAAUAAUUUAUACUUAA